GGCAGCCCCAAUCAUCGCCUUUAAUUUGCUUGUCUUCUCCUAUAUUAAUUCAUUCAUUCAUUUCUUCAUCUAUCUUCCCCCCCUCCUCCUCUGCUAUUUUUAUUUUUUUGCUUCUUCGUUUUCUUCACGUCAUUAACAACAAUGUGCUCUCAGAUUUCCAACUCCGAUCAAGACCAACUCAUUCGCAAGCUCGACAUCUUCAAGAUCCACGGCAAAGAUAAGCGCGGCCAUAAGAUCCUUCGCAUCAUCGGAAAGUUCUUUCCGGCUCGGUUUCUGAGCGUUGAUGCGUUGAAAGCGUAUUUGGAGGAGAAUGUUUUUCCCAGGCUAGGGAGGAAGCCUUUCUCGGUUGUAUACGUGCACACCGGCGUUCAAAGGAGCGAGAACUUUCCGGGAAUAUCCGCCUUACGAGCAAUCUACGAUGCAAUCCCGAUGAAUGUGAAGAAUAAUCUCCAGGCCGUGUACUUCGUGCACCCUGGCCUCCAGGCACGGCUCUUCCUCGCCACGUUCGGCCGCCUUCUCUUCAGCGGAGGGUUGUACGGGAAGCUGAGGUACGUGAACCGGCUUGAUUACCUGUGGGAGCACGUGAGGAGGAACGAGAUUGAGAUUCCAGAAUUCGUUUACGAUCAUGAUGAGGAUUUAGAAUACCGUCCGAUGAUGGAUUAUGGAUUGGAGAGCGACCAUCCGCGGAUCUACAAUGCACCGGCGGUCGAUUCAGCUGUUUCCGUCUACUCCAUGAGAUGCAUCUCAUAAAAACCCCACACCACACCACAGCCCUACCUGGACCCCCACUCAUUCCUUUAUCUUUCUUCUUUUUACCUUUUGAAGUUGGAUCUUCUUUUAUGGGGGAGAUUGUAGGAUUAAGUUUUGUGAAUAUAUUUAGUAGAAGGAAAAUAUGGUCUGAGUUGAGUAUUCG